AUGACACCUACAUAUUUUAAAUUAAUAUAUGUUCCAUUAUUAGUCUGUAUAUUUUUCUUAAUACAUAGUGAUGUAUCUAAAAAAUUAACCAGAAUUAAAAAGGAUAAAUAUGGUAUACUAAAUUUAUAUAAGUAUAGAUAUUUAGCAGAGAAUGAUAUAAACGAAUCUAAAGAGAAAAAUAAAAAACAAAAAAAUACAAAACAAAAUAAUCACAAAAUUAUAAGAAAAAACGAACAACCAAAUGGAAGGGAAAAAGUAAAACAAAAUGUACAAAAAGAUGUUGAAAAAAAUGAGCAAAAGAUUACCAUAUAUAAUGAGCCCAAAAUAGUGCAACAAGAAAAAAAAACUGAUUUAGAAUAUUCAUUAAAAUUAGAUAAUGUAAUAGAUCAUAUAUUGGAUACAUCUAAUGGAAGCAGAAAACUUAUAAAUAUGAGAUUUAUACGUUAUAUGAUGCAAGACAUGAGUUUAAAUAAUAAUGAUAAAAAAGAACUUGAUAAACUUAUUGAGUCUUAUAUAUAUAGCAAUGUUGAUUAUGAGAAAAAUAAAUUACGUAAAAAUAUAGAAAAUAUUAUGAAUAAAGAAGAUUUUAAAUAUCUUGUUAUUAUUAUUACAGAUCUUAUGGAAUUUAAUAAUAAAAUUGAAUCAUACAAAUAUAAUAUAUUUAACUGUAUACACGGUUAUAUACUUCCACAUGUUUUAUAA